GUUUUUUAUUACUUCCAUACAAACGGAUGACGAUAUGGAUUGGAGAUGAGUUUACUCCUUUUUAUGAACUCCACUCAUCUUGUUUGUUGAUCUAUUUAGCAUAUGCUGAUUUUACUUAGCCUAAAUACUACCUGCCUUAGUAUAUACCCUCCAACAUGUCGGAUAUAAAAGUAAACAUAAACUUUGAAAGCAAUGGUGGGAGCAGGGCAUCAGCAGGGAAAAACAAAAACCUCAAAAGAAAGCAAUACAUGAAGCGAAAGGAUUACUUUCAGAACAAGCAGAACCAGCACCUUUAUGAGAAGGGGCAUAACCAUCUGGGAAAGCAACCUUGUCACAAUGGGGCUAAGUCUACACACAAAUCUCUACCCAGUGCCAAACACAACAACAGUUCGACUCACAGGACCAGUGCGGUUCCCGCUGUCAAUCCUACCCCGAAACCUGCCGCGUCCACAAGUAGCUCAGCACCUUUGACCAUCACUGUGAAGAACACUACCAAACAAGAGCAAUCAAGCAAAUCGGUUGUCUUCACUAAAACCAUCACCCCAGGGCUCUCGCCUUCAGCAUCGACGAGCCAUACGCACUCUGCCCAUGUCUCUGUUGGGUCAGCACCGUUCGGAAACCCCCUGAAGUACGUUGCCAUGGACUGUGAGAUGGUGGGCACGGGACCUAAGGGUCGCAACAGUGAGCUGGCACGCUGCAGUCUUGUCUCCUACGAUGGAGACGUGAUGUAUGACAAGUACAUCAAGCCCGGCAAUCCGGUCACUGACUUUCGCACCCGGUGGAGUGGCAUCACCUGGUCACACAUGGCUAAAGCCAUAACCUUCAAAGAAGCCAAGAAGGAGAUACUGAAGAUCCUUGCAGGUAAGGUGGUGAUAGGACAUGCCAUCCACAAUGAUUUUAAGGCGCUGAGUUAUGGUCAUCCAGCCCGCAUGACGAGGGACACUUCCCGCAUCCCCCUUCUCAACAAGAAGGCUGGUUUUCCAGAGAAAGGGUGUGCCUCUCUGAAAAGACUUACCAAGGCAUUGUUCAACCGGGACAUUCAGACUGGGAGAAGAGGUCAUUCUUCUGUGGAGGAUGCCAAAGCCACGAUGGAGCUGUACAAAGUUGUGGAGGUGGAGUGGGAGAGGAUCUUAGCGUCCAAACAAUAGAAGAUGGGAGCGUGUUUUGGCAUUUUAAACUGUCUAAAUAUAAACAAUGAAUAACGUUUCAUGUUUUCAGGAACGGUGUGUGAUUUAUCAGGUCUUCCAUGGGUCUAUCGGGCAUAUGUAUCAUAUUUUCCAUUGAAAUACCGCUGCCUUGAUUCUCAGGGAUGGCAGCUGUUCUUCAUGCAGUACAUGUAGUCUGACUAUUCCUCACAAGGUGGCAGUCAUGGUGGUAGUAUUGUGACUUGAUGUGAUGUCAGCAUGUUUGAAUGUUGGAACUGUUUGGAGAUAAUGGUUUACGAUGUUUCAUUAUUCUACUUGUUCAGUUGAACAACCAUUUACAAGAGUAAAGAGUUUUUUUAACAAAAGUAAAGUGUUUUUUCUUUAAAGUAAGAGUAAACAGUAUAUUUUAUAUAGUUUAGCACCUAAGUAAUACACAUAUUUACAUUCCAUCAAUAAAAUAAGACUCACUACAAUACAUUUUGGUGUUCUGAUGUUGGUCACCAAUGUGACUUAUUGAGACUCCGAGAGGGCUUGAGUGCCUCAAUGUUACCAAUUUAAUAGUGGAGUGUUUAGGUUUUGCAAACUACUGCUAUGAGAAAAUGGACUAAACUAGAAAUAUUUAGUUUCUGUUGUUCAAGCAGUCUUAGCAUUUUUCCGAGACUAUGGAACUGCACAUUUUUGUUGCUUGAGGAGACGACUGAGUCAGCUUAGCCUUCACAGAGGUUCUCUCUGUUGCUGUCUGGUUUGGCUACCUUUCUAUUGACCAAACAGGAAACCAAAACCACUGUUUCACCAGUGAUGUUGCUGAAACACCUGAUGGCUAAAUCCAGAAAAUAACAUCUACUUGCCAGAGGACGCUUGUGGUUCUGAGAUGGAAGAUCCUUUCUGGUUCCAACCAUUAUCAGGUAACAUUACAUAGCCUGCCACACAAACAUUUCUGACAGAUAUUGGAUUCCUCAAGUGAUUUGAAGUAAUAAAGAAGUACCGUGAAUGUCAUCUGUUAGAUUUACAAUUUUUGGACAUAAUCCAAUCUAGUCCUUUCCUUCACAUGAAAACAUAAGCAUAGUAAAAAACAAACUUGGCUUAAAUUAAUAAAAAGUGCUGUAGUAAAACCACCAAUCUUGGAGAUGAGCUCCUUGUCACCCCUACAGUGGGUGGCAGCCUGCACUCAUGAACACAGUCUGCUCAGCACCCAUGUUGACUGUCCCACCCAUGCCUAUAUGUUAAAUUCCUCCCCAGCCCGCCACUCGGCCACGGCUGUCAACUAAGCAAGGCUAUGUACAAAGCCGUAUUCACCCGAGGCCUCUUGCUCUGCACUCCUCCACUACACCCUGUUCUCUGUCCAUUCGUUCCUGACAUCAAGCCACUAAAACAGUUACAGGUGGCCAAUGUCCACCCUCUGUCCACAAGCGGUCAGCAUUGCAAGCAUGAGUCAUGGCUGACGUCUUGUCACAGCCUCAAGAUUCCAUAUUUCUGCUGUGUCAUCGAGUCUCUUUUAUCUCUUUCAUCUCAGACCUUCAAUGGGCCCAAUAUCAGACCUUUUCUUGGGUCCUAUGGGACCUAUGGGCAGUUUCAUGGGU